AUGUUGCAUCUUGAUGUUUCAUCCUACCUUUCUAUGGUAGUAGUCCUCACUAUUACAACGACUGAAUCUCGCAUACUUAAAACCCCUGCAUCUUCAUUAGCAUCGGAAGUUUCUUGGAGAUCCAGCAGGUUGCGACGAACUGUCGAAUGCUCAUCGGAUGCUGAUGAUGUAAUGAACACGGCUUUCGCCAAAAUCUUAAGUAGACAAGAGAAGGAAAGAGAUUAUUUGCAGUUUCAUCCUGAAGAACAAAUUAUAAUGGAACAACAACUAAAACACGGAAAUCAUUUAUCACCUAUGAACAAGGAAUGCUCUAUAGAAUCUCGAUCUGCCAAUGUUUUGCCUGAUCAGCCAUUACGUGAGAGAUCUUUGUGCCCAUAUCAUCACGUUCUGAACUAUAAUCCUAAGAGAAUUCCUGCCUCAAUAACUGAAGUUGUUUGUACGUGUGAUUCGAUCGGAUCUCUAUCAAUGCCAAUGAGGUGUGAGCCUAUGUACUUCCAUGUACGCGUACUUCUAUACUCGGAAGAUUGCAAGAAGUUUGUAGAAACAACUGAAAAGAUAUCUCUAGCAUGUGUUCCCGUUUUUGUGAACCAGAUUGAAGCUGGAGCACCCAUCACCGAUAUCAAAGGAGAAUCAGCCGAAGUCAAAACAUAA